AUGACCGCCAUAGUUGACUGGGCCACUAACAAAGCCAAUGCUGGUUUCCUCAAUGCAGCCAACAAGGUUGAACAUCUUCUGGGGCAGGCUCUCCAAUUGAAGCCUGCCAAUCCCAAACACAUCACAAUUGCGAUGGAGAUGGCCGCAUCUCUUAGUUUUACCUUCAGCAGCUACGCCUAUUCGGCAACCUCUGUGCCACCCAUGGUGCUCUCUGCCACCGCAGAGAUUCAUGAGCACCUGGACGACUCCUCCUGCAAUGUUGUCAGUGCCCCGGUCUGGUCCAACAUUCACCCAGACGAUCCGCAGAGCCAGCAUAGCCUGCUUUACCCCGUCACUCUUGCCUAUGGCAAACCCCCACCACCCACCAAUCCUCCUGUUGCCAGUCCAUCUGGAUCCAACACUGCAGUCACCCAGGAUGCCAAUGUCCUUGCAGGCAAGGGCAAAGGCAAGGCAAGGGAAGAUCCUGAGGCCAAACCAACAGAACAGCGCGGCCAUGGUAUGGAACGCAAGCAACUCCAGUGCAUGAGCGCCCCCCGCAGUCAGAGUCACGCGCCAAAGGCAAAAAUGGCCAAGUGCCACCUCCAAGGCCAUGAUCACCAGCUGAGGACGAAUGGGAGUUGGACAUGGCCGACAUUCCCCAACAGCAACCCGGCACCAGAGGCCAGGAAGAAGGCAUCCUUGCCCACCAGACUUCCUCCUGCCCUCAAGAAGACCUGGUCGCAAAGCAAGUCGUUCACCAUCACCAGCGACGAUGAGGAGGAUGCUGAGCCGACUGCCCAAACCUCCACCAAAGAAGAAGAAGACUGUUGCGGCCCCUGCAUCCACCGAGGGCUUAUAUGCCUCCAAGGCUACAACAACUCCGGUGCAGCGCUGACUCCUGCCACCACCUCAAGCAUAAGUGUGGUGGUAACAGUUCCGCCGUUCCUACCACCAAAGCGAAGAAACCGGCAGCGACCACAACUCUGCAGGGGCGUUCAAAAUCUCGCCGCCAAGCAUCACCGGUGCAUGUCUCUCCAGAGACAGCCACUCCAGCAGCAGCAUCUACAUCUGGUGCACCUGCACCGGUUGCUGCUACCACCGCCGCUCCCGCUCCCGCUCCUGCUUCCAGCUCCCAUUCCCAUUCCUACUCCCACUCCCACCACCACUCCCAUCACCGCUCCUGCCAUCGCUGCCGCCCCCACCUCUGCCUCCACUCCUGAUGGGCCAGCAGAUGCAUCUGUUGUUGCCCUGAAGGAGCAAAGUCGAGGCGCAAAGGCCAGCAUUGGGGAGAAGCGUCUCCUGGAAGCCAAUCAGAGAUUGGCCGACCAGGAGGCGACUUCAAAACUCCUCGCCGAGCAAUUCGAAGAACUUCGCUGGCAGUUGCUCCCUCCCCCAGUCCCUGCAUCUCCUGUCACAGCAUGCCUGCCAGUUAUUAUCGGCAACCUCAGCGGCAACAACAAGAAUAUUGGCGCGGCAGAAGAUGGAGCUGAGCCCGCGUCUGGAGCUAUUGCCGAGGCUGAAGAAGUAGCUGAGUCCGUGUCUGGUGUUGUUGCCGGCCUUAGUGGCAACAACAUGGAUGUUGAAGAGGAUCUGGCUGAGUCUGCCUCCGCAUCUGGCGGCAACAACAUGGAUGUUGCAGAGGCUCCAGCUGAGUCUGCCCCUGCGUCUGGUAUCAAUGCCGGCCUCAGCGGCAACACCAAUGAUGUUGCAGAGGCUGAGUCUGCAUCUAUUGCAUCUUCCGCUCAGGAGUGA